AUCCUGGGGCAGGGGGAGGGGGGAAUGAAUUUCACAAACUGCACAACAGAAGCCAACGUGGCUGUCAAACCCAAAACAGUCACCGAAAAGAUGCUUAUUACCCUGACCUUGGCCAUAAUCACAAUUUUGACUAUGCUGCUGAACUCUGCCGUAAUUACAGCAAUUGGCACCACCAAGAAACUACACCAGCCUGCAAAUUACUUAAUAUGUUCACUAGCUGUGACAGAUCUGCUUGUUGCUCUUUUAGUCAUGCCCUUGAGUAUUACAUACAUAGUGAUGGAUACGUGGACACUGGGAUACUUCAUCUGUGAGAUAUGGCUUAGCGUUGACAUGACCUGUUGCACGUGUUCAAUUCUUCAUCUUUGCGUCAUUGCACUGGAUAGAUACUGGGCGAUCACAGAUGCUAUUGAAUACGCCAGGAAAAGAACGGCAAAAAGGGCCGGGCUUAUGAUAGUCACUGUAUGGACUAUAUCCAUUUUCAUUUCGAUGCCACCUUUGUUUUGGAGAAAUCAUCACAGCGUCACAAUUCCCAGCGAGUGUCGCAUUCAACACGAUCACGUGAUCUACACUAUUUACUCCACUUUUGGGGCAUUUUAUAUCCCCUUGACGCUAAUACUGAUCCUCUAUUACAGAAUUUACCAUGCUGCAAAAAGCCUAUACCAAAAACGGGGGUCAAGCCGCCACCUAAGCAACAGGAGCACCGACAGCCAAAAUUCUUUUGCCAGUUGUAAGCUCACGCAGACGUUCUGCGUGUCAGACUUCUCGACAUCUGACCCAACCAUGGAAUUUGAUAAAAUACACGCGUCAGUGAGGCUUCCUCCUAUUGAUAAUGACCUGGAGCUGGCUGGUGACCGUCAGCAGAUUUCCAGUACACGGGAACGAAAGGCUGCUCGCAUCCUGGGACUGAUCUUAGGGGCUUUCAUCUUGUCGUGGUUGCCAUUUUUCAUUAAGGAGCUUAUUGUGGGCCUGAGCGUUCGCACGGUGUCUGCAGAAGUAGCUGACUUUUUGACAUGGCUUGGCUAUGUCAACUCCCUUAUCAACCCUCUGCUGUACACUAGUUUUAAUGAAGAUUUUAAGCUGGCCUUUAAAAAGCUUAUUCGGUGCUGGGAAAAUUCUUAA